AUUUCCGGUUUAGGGCGGAAGUUAGGAGCAAGGGGCUUGUGGAGGUGACCGAAUGGCAGACAGCUGAAACACUUCGUUAAAUGUUAGCUUAGCACCGAACAGGGACAGACCAAACACUUACAUUUGACCGAAUCUUGUGUGAAACAUCGCCGGUGCCAAUAAUGGGAGCUCACCUGGCCAGACGGUACAUCUCCGAAACGGACACCGAGCCGGACCCGGUGAAGAAGUACGAGUUCGACCCGCAACUCGGCUUCGAUGAGCGGAAAGAGAGAGAAAUGCUAGCGAGCCAGCAGCAGAUGAACUUGGCCCAGCUGCCUUUGGAGCAGAGGGACUACUGUGCCCAUCAUCUCCUGAAACUGAUGAAGUGUAAGAGAGACAACUGGCCCAACUUCCUGGCCUGUAAGCACGAGAGGCAUGACUGGGACUACUGUGAACACCAGGACUAUGUGAUGCGUAUGAAGGAGUACGAGAGAGAGAGGAGGCUCCAGCUGAGGAAGAAGAGGGUCGAGGGCCAGGCUGAAGCCGCAUAAUCAGUACAUCGUCCAAUUCUUCUUUGUAUAUACGCUGUUCACAAUAAACAAGUGAUUUAAUCUUCA